AUGGUCCUCCAACUCCCCGUCUCCGACAUGGUCUCUGGACCCAAAGAGCUGACCGACCAGACGCGGUACCUUCCUCUUCACAAAAUUGUCACCGUCUUUCUGGCAUGCGCCACUGUAGGCACUGUUAGCUUGCUCGAUGAAACGAUGAUCUCCGUGGCUUUACCCGUCAUAAGCUCCGACCUCCAUGCUGGCACUCAAAUUAGCUGGGUUGCAGCUGCGUUCUUCGUAACGAGUACCGCGUGUCAGGCACUCUAUGGUCGUUUGUCAGACAUUUGGUCACGAAAAGUGGUCCUAUUUGCUCUCAUGACCAUCUUCUUCAUAGGGAACCUCGCGUCAGGUUUUUCCAGCACAUUCAUCCAGCUGAUUGUUUUCCGAGCUCUGACGGGCGUAGGCGGCGGGGGUCUGUCGACAAUUGCCCAAAUUAUUGUGUCGGAUGUCGUAUCUCUGCGCGAGCGGGGAAAAUAUCAGGGUAUACUGGGUGCAUCUGUUGCGAUUGCAUAUGGCUGUGGUCCAGUCAUUGGCGGUCUUUUUGUCGAACACUCGACUUGGCGUUGGAUCUUUUGGUUGUGCUGUCCGCUUACCGCUGCCUCAUCCAUCGCCGUCUACUUUUUCAUGCCUCUGAAGUCUGUUGAAGGAGACUGGAAACUCAAACUGUCUCGGAUCGACUUCGUCGGCUCGUUCCUCAUCUUGGUAUCCUCAACACUGUUUGUGCUUUCCCUCACAUGGGCGAGUGGCUCGUACGACUGGAACAACCCUCACGUUUAUGCUGCGCUUGCCGUUGGAUGCGUGGCUGCUAUAGCGUUCAUUUUGUGGGAAUGGAGGAUACCCUCAUUCCCCGUUCUUCCUAUGUACAUCUUCAAGCACCGGAUUGUUAUCGGCGCCGCGAUAACUCAAACCAUAAAUGGUUUCCUGACCGUGGUCCAGGUUUUCUACUUGCCCACAUUUUAUCAGCUGGCCUACGGCUACAGCCCUGUGAAAUCGGGUCUACUAGUUCUUCCUCUCACCAUUGUUCAAACGGCCACUUCAACCGCCUCCGGUCUAGUCGUUACUGCUACGGGACGAUACCGCGAGCUUAUACUCGCUGGAUGGGCCAUCUGGGCAAUCGGUCUUGGACUGAUGGCGACUCUGACCGAACGUUCUACUCUGGCUCAGCAAAUCGGUUAUGCAUUGCUUACCGGCAUCGGUGUUGGACAAACCUUUCAACCAUCAUUGGUUGCCGUUCAAGGUGCCCUAGAUCGUAAAGACAUGGCUGUCGUGACCGCCAUGCGGAGCUUCGCGCGGAAUAUCGGCGGUACCCUUGGACUGGCCACUACAGGCACCAUCGUAAAUAGCGUUUUAGAAAGCCAUCUCAAUCGCCUCAACAUCAGUCCCCAGCUGCGCCGUGAUAUUCUGGACAACCCUGUUUCUGCUCGCACGAGCGGCCAUCUAGCGCCUGAUGUGUUGUCCCAGGUCGUUGUCGGGUACCACGCGGGCUUCAGGAUCACAUUCAUCAUCCUGGCUACAAUGGCGGCCAUUUCCUUCUUCGUUGCGUUGACGCUCAUGACACAUCGAGAUCUGCAUCGAGAAGAUGAUGCGAGGUUGAAGGCGGAGGGAGAAGCUGCAUUCGUACAGCAUCAACCCGAAACUCCAAGCCUAACCAAGGAGCAGUAG